AUGGCCCAUCCGCGACCCGGCUCGUCGCAAUCCUCGCGCACGCAGACCCCAGAUCGGCUGCAGUCCCCUUCCGUCGGCGAGGUGCACAAUCCAUACGCGGUCAGCGAACCUUUACAGAACGAAUACGGCCACGAAGAAAAGAACUAUCUGACCGAAAGCUCCCAAUCGCUUCUUUACCCCAGUCAACCCAGCCCGCUCGGUGACUCUUUUGAUGAACGAUACACUUCCUCCGAAUCUUUACGGCGAUACACUCUGCAAGAUCCUGGAGCUGCCGUCUUUCACGAUGGCUCACAUCCGGAUCCUGCGGUCGCGACGGGCUUCUUCCCCUCCCAGUCGGGGGUGUCCACGCCCAUGUCGGAGACGCCAUCCGAGGCUUGGCAGCACCGCCAACAGACCGCCGCAUCGGGUCUGCGCCGCUAUCCUACCCGCAAGAUCAAAUUAGUGCAAGGGUCCGUGUUGAGUGUGGACUAUCCGGUCCCGAGUGCCAUCCAGAAUGCCAUUCAACAGGAGUAUCGAGAGUCGGAGGAAGGGUUUCCGGAGGAGUUCUCGCACCUUCGCUAUACGGCGGCAACCUGUGACCCGGAUGAAUUCACCCUGCGCAAUGGAUACAAUCUCCGUCCGGCGAUGUACAACCGACAUACCGAGCUAUUGAUCGCGAUCACUUACUACAACGAGGAUAAAGUUCUCACCGCUCGAACACUCCAUGGCGUCAUGCAGAACAUUCGCGAUAUCGUGAACCUGAAAAAGUCUGAGUUCUGGAACAAGGGGGGCCCGGCCUGGCAGAAGAUUGUGGUUACCUUGGUAUUUGACGGUAUCGAUCCCUGCGACAAGAACACGCUGGACAUGCUCGCAACGAUUGGUGUCUACCAAGAUGGUAUCAUGAAGCGAUCCGUGGAUGGACGAGAGACCGUCGCUCAUAUUUUCGAGUACACCACUCAGCUCUCCGUCACGUCGAGCCAGCAACUGAUUCGUCCCCACGGCGACGAGUCCACGAAUCUGCCUCCAGUGCAAAUGAUCUUUUGCCUAAAGCAGAAAAAUAGCAAGAAGAUCAACUCCCAUCGAUGGUUGUUCAACGCAUUUUGUCGCAUUCUCAACCCGGAAGUGGUGAUUCUGAUUGAUGCCGGUACGAAACCGGGCAAGAAAUCGCUACUAGCUCUCUGGGAAUCCUUCUACAAUGACAAGAACCUCGGCGGAUCCUGUGGUGAGAUCCAUGCGAUGCUGGGCAAAGGAUGGAAAAACUUGAUGAAUCCCCUGGUCGCAGCGCAGAAUUUUGAGUAUAAAAUCUCAAACAUUCUGGAUAAGCCGCUAGAAUCGGCUUUUGGCUAUGUGUCUGUGCUGCCCGGUGCCUUCUCAGCAUAUCGCUACCGUGCGAUCAUGGGUCGUCCUCUCGAACAGUAUUUCCACGGCGAUCACACCCUCUCGAAACAACUCGGCAAAAAAGGUAUCGAAGGUAUGAACAUCUUCAAAAAGAACAUGUUCCUUGCCGAGGAUCGCAUUCUGUGCUUCGAGCUGGUGGCCAAGGCAGGCUUUAAAUGGCAUCUCACCUACGUCAAAGCAUCCAAGGGAGAAACAGACGUACCCGAAGGUACCGCGGAAUUUAUUGGCCAACGACGGCGCUGGCUUAACGGAUCUUUCGCGGCCAGUCUCUACGCGAUGAUCCACUUCAGUCGCAUUUACAAGAGUGGACACAACCUAAUCCGCCUCUUCUUCCUUCACAUUCAAAUGGUCUACAAUUUUGUGGGCCUAGUCAUGACCUGGUUUUCAUUGGCAUCGUUCUGGUUGACCACGUCUGUGAUUAUGGAUCUUGUGGGUACCCCAAGUGAGAGCAACCGUAACAAAGGGUGGCCGUUCGGCAACGAAGCCACCCCGAUCGUGAAUAAUUUCUUGAAAUAUGGAUAUGUCUUCUUCUUGAUGCUCCAGUUCAUCUUGGCCCUGGGUAACCGACCGAAAGGAUCUCGCUUGUUCUACACGCUUUCCUUCUUAUAUUUCAGCAUUAUUCAGUCUUACAUCCUGGUCUUAUCCUUCUACCUGGUCAAAAACGCCUUUACUGGAGGAACGUUGGACUUUGAUCUGAGUCAAGGCGUUGGCGCCUUUCUCUCCUCAUUCUUCAGCUCCUCCGGUGCCGGCAUCGUUCUGAUUGCCUUGGUGUCUACCUAUGGCUUCUAUUUCCUUGCCAGUUUCCUGUAUAUGGACCCCUGGCACAUGUUCACAUCUUCUUGGGCAUACUUUGGUGGCAUGACUUGUUCCAUCAAUAUCCUGAUGGUGUAUGCCUUCUGCAACUGGCACGACGUGUCCUGGGGCACCAAGGGCUCGGACAAGAGCGAGGCGUUGCCAGAAGCCCAGACCAAGAAGGACGAUACCAAGUCCAACUUCAUCGAAGAAGUGGACAAGCCGCAGGCCGAUAUUGACAGCCAAUUCGAGGCCACUGUCAAACGUGCGCUGGCGCCGUUUAUCCCUCCCGAGGAAAGCCACGAGAAGAGUAUGGAUGAUUCAUACAAGGCGUUCCGUACGAACCUUGUCCUUCUUUGGAUCUUUAGCAAUCUCAUCUUGACGCUGUGCAUUACUAGCGAAGGGAUUGAUCGAUUCUGCUUGACUAAUAAAUCGACGGUUCGCACCGCCAACUACUUCGCGGCCAUUCUGUGGACGACGGCAGGCCUGUCAAUUUUCCGAUUCCUUGGCUCCCUUUACUUCCUUGCCAAGUCCGGCAUUCUCUGCUGUGUCUCUCGUCGCUGA